UAUGCAGCUCGCUAUGUAUCUUCCAACGCUGCAAAUGCCAUCAUAUCAGAGGUGGGCCCAUACCGAAUCUCCACUGACGCGCUCCAAGCAUUGAAUCAGUUUUUGGAUGAGAUUCUGGGCAUGUUACUGUCCAAAGCUCAGUCUUUGGAUUUAUCUCGUAUCAAAGCAGUAGCUUUGCAGAUCCUACCAAGUAGUCUGGGAAAGAAUGCCAUCGUUGAGGCCGAAUUGGAGGUCAAAACAUUGACUGAGACGGAAGUCAUUGAUUAUGAAGCCUACGAACGCAUGAGACAGCUUGGUUCCGACGGAAACUUCCCAUUACAAAGCUCCAUUCAACAGCUGAGAGAACGCUGUUUAUACUACAGCACACUGGCCGAUCGAGAAGGAGAUGCAAGUUUCAAUGAUAUCUCGGACAAGACGGUCAUUUCACCCAUUUUGGCCAUUUACGUUACCACCAUCAUUGAACAUUUAGCAGAAUAUUUGCUAACGACUGUGGCGGUGGCUGCUGAACAAGAGGAUACCGAGUUCGUUCGCGUGCGAGAGGUUUUUAGUGCUCUCGUGGACGACUCACAUGUGUCCGAUGCUUUCUCAAAAAUGGAACUGAAGGAGCGUCUUGAGGUAAGCUCAAAAACUAAGGGUCAAGAGAAAGGUAUGAUGUGUACUUUUGGUAACCUUGGUUCAUAA